UCAAGUUUUCUUUGUUUUGCCAACUGUAAUCUAGUCUUCCCAUCACGUUGCUAAUAAAUUUGGGUUUUGAAGUUGUUUCAUAUACCACCCUUCAAUAUUAUUCCUUUUUUCUGUGCGCUCCAUUACCAUCAUGAGUCACUCAGGACUAACAAGAAAUUUUAUAUGUAUGACCAUUUCAGUUCAAAAUCAACCUACAACUACUCAGAGACCUCGCCAUUACAUGUGUCAGGUUUCGAUGGAUCUUCCAACUGAGUCGUCGUUGCGAUCCAUGGAGGGUUUGCUUAAAUGUUCUGUAAAUUAUGUUCCUUUGACACCUAUAAGUUUUUUGGAGAGAGCAGCAAAUGCAUUUAGAGGAAGAACUUCUAUCAUUGAUGGACCUUCUGUCAAAUAUACUUGGGAAGAGACAUAUGCUAGGUGCAUAAAGCUGGCUUCUGCUUUGUCUGAGCUUGGGAUUUCUCGUGGGGAUAUGGUUGCAACAUUGGCCCGAAAUGUAUACGCAAUGCAAGAGCUGCAUUUUGCAGUACCAAUGGCUGGAGCAGUUCUUUGUACAUUGAAUACACGUCAUGAUUCAGCUAUGUUAUCAGUACUGCUCAGGCAUUCUGAAGCAAAGGUCAUAUUUGUGGAUCAACACUUGCUCCAACUUGCUCAAGGAGCACUAGAUAUUCUUGCUAAUGAAAAAGCAAUACCACCUCUUCUUGUACUAAUCUCUGACUCUGAAAAUUCUUCUCCUACUAUUGUUAAUUCGAAUUCUUAUGAAUAUGAAAGCCUCCUGGAAAGUGGUAAUAGCGAAUUCUCUGUAAGGUGGCCGACAAGUGAAUUUGACCCUAUUAGUGUUAACUAUACUUCUGGAACAACAUCGCGACCCAAAGGGGUUGUUUACAAUCACAGAGGUGCAUAUCUCAAUACCAUUGCUACAUUUAUGCUUCAUGAGAUGAGUUCAUGGCCUGUUUACCUUUGGACCGUCCCAACGUUUCACUGCAACGGAUGGUGCCUGACUUGGGGUCUAGCAGCACUUGGUGGCACCAGCAUUUGCCUCAGACAGGUUUAUCCGAAAAACAUAUUUGAAAACAUAGCAGAACACAAGGUCACACACAUGAGUGGGGCACCAACUGUGAUGAACAUGAUUGUGAAUUCACCCGUAAGAGACAGAAAACCACUUCCUCACAAGGUCAACAUAAUGACAGGUGGUUCACCACCACCUCCACAAAUCCUUUCCAAAAUGGAGGAACUCGGGUUUCGAGUACAUCACUUAUAUGGACUAACAGAGACAUAUGGUCCAGGUACAUAUUGUUUGUGGAAGCCUGAGUGGGAUUCUUUACCACCAAAUGAAAAGUACAAAUUGAAAGCAAGACAAGGGGUGCAACAUCUUUGUUCAGAGGCAGUGGAUGUGAUGGACCCUCUUACAAUGGAGAAAGUACCAGAAGAUGGUAAGACAAUAGGUGAAAUUAUGUUUAGAGGGAAUACUGUAAUGAGUGGAUAUCUAAAAGAUGAAGAAGCAACAAAAGAAACUUUUAAAGGUGGAUGGUUUCAUAGUGGUGAUUUGGCCGUUAAACAUCCUGAUGGAUACAUAGAAGUUAAGGACAGAUUGAAAGAUAUCAUAAUCUCCGGUGGAGAAAACAUAAGCACAGUAGAGGUGGAAAGAGUUCUUUAUAGUCAUCCGGCAGUUUUUGAAACAGCAGUGGUCGCGCGACCAGAUAAUCACUGGGGGCAGACACCUUGUGCAUUUGUGAAGUUGAAGGAUGGUUCUAAUAAUGUUAGUGAUCAAGAAAUUAUCAACUUCUGCAGGGAUAACUUGCCUCACUACAUGGCGCCCCGAACAGUGAUAUUUCAAGAUCUCCCAAAAACUUCAACAGGCAAGAUACAAAAGUUCAUUCUAAGAGAGAAAGCCAGAGCCUUGGGAAGUCUUUGCUAAAGGAAAUGGGAAAAGGAACUUUGUUUUUCUUUGAUGAUAAUUUUUGUUAAGUCUGAGUGUCAUUCUUCUAUUCCAUUUACUGUUUGAGAUUUUCCUAGAACUGAAAGACUUCUAUAAUGUAAUCUGUUUAUCUUAUUUUUUGUGUUUUAAAGAUAGACUUCUCCUCAAAAGGUGUAUGCUAAUCUCCAUAUUGUACAAGCUGGACAUGGUAGAUCUUUGCUAAUGA